AUGCAGCACUGUUCACUUGAAGUCCUUUGGCUCUCGUUACUCGUAGUCCACGAUCGCGCCCCCUUCUAUUCGUCGCCCACGCUUCCAACCGUCUGUCCCUUCCAUUCGCCGCCAUCCCUUCCGCUCGUCGCCCUCCCUUCCGCGCGUCGCCCUGCUCGUCGCUCUACCUUUCGCCCGUCGCCCUCCCAUCCGUUCGCCGCUCUACCUGCUACGCGUCGCCCUCCCAUCCGAUCGUCGCUCCCGUCGCCCUCCCUUCCGUCCGUCGCCCUCCCUUCCGCCCGUCGUCUACCCUUCCGCCCGUUGCCAACCCUUCCGCCCGUCGCUUUCUGUCCCGUCCGUCGCUCUCCCUUCCGCACGCCGCUCUCCCUUCCGCCCGUAGCCUUCCCUUCGUCCCGACGCCCUGCCUCCCGCUCGUCCCCUCGCAAUCCCCAUCUUCCACUCUCCCCGUCGCCCUCGCCAUCCCUCCAGUCUCCCUUCCCAUCGCGCACACUUGUCACCUUUCCCUGCUUCCACCCAUCCACUUCCCUGCUUUGCCCCACCCCUUCCCUGCUUCCCCCCAUCCCCCUCCCUGCUUUCCCUCAUCCACUUUCCUGCUUCCCCAUGUCCCCUUCCCUGCUUCCCCCCAUCCCCUUCCCUGCUUGCCCCCACCCCUUCCCUGCUUCCCCCCAUCCCCUUCCCUGCAUACCCCCAUCCCCUUCCCUGCUUCCCCCCAUCCCCUUCCUUGCUUCCCCCCAUCCCCUUCCAUGCUUCCCCCCAUCCCCUUCCCUGCUUCCCCAUGUCCCCUUCCCUGCUUUCCCCCAUCCUCUUCCCUGCUUCCCCAUGUCCCCUUCCCUGCUUGCCCCCAUCCCCUUCCCUGCUCCCCCAUGUCCCCUUCCCUGCUUCCCCCCAUCCCCCUCCCUGCUUUCCCCCAUCCCCUUCCCUGCUUCCCCAUGUCCCCUUCCCUGCUUCCCCCCAUCCCCUUCCCUGCUUCCCCAUGUUCCCUUCCCUGCUUGCCCCCAUCCCCUUCCCUGCUCCCCCAUGUCCCCUUCCCUGCUUUCCCCCAUCCCCCUCCCUGCUUCCCCCCAUCCCCUUCCGUGCUUUUCCCCCUCCCGUUUCCAUCGCUUUCCCCCUCCCGUCGCCCUCGCUCUCCCCCUCCCGUCGACCUCACUUUCCCCCUGCUCACUCGCAUCCCCCCUGCUCACUCUCUUGCCUCUGCUCACUCUCUUCCCCCUUUCUCACUCUGCCCCCCCUUCCUCACUCUGUUUCCCCUUGCUCACUCUCUCCUCCUCACUCUAUUCCCCCCUGCUCUAUUCCCCCUGCUCUGUUCCACCCUGCUCACUCUCUCCUCCUCACUCUAAUCCCCCCUGUUCUGUUCCCCCCUGCUUUAUCCCCCCCCCGCUCUAUUCCCCCCUGCUCUAUUCCCCCCUGCUCUAUUCCCCCCUGCUAUAUUCCCCCCUGCUCUAUUCCCCCCUGCUCUGUUCCCCCCUGCUCUAUUCCCCCUUGCUCUAUUCCCCCCUGCUCUAUUCCCCCCUGCUCUAUUCCCCCCUGCUCAAUACCCCCCUGCUCUGUUCCCCCCUGCUAUAUUCCCCCCUGCUCUAUUCCCCCCUGCUCUGUUCCCCCCUGCUCUAUCCCCCCCUCCUCUAUUCCCCCCUGCUCUAUUCCCCCCUGCUCUAUCCCCCCCUGCUCUAUUCCCCCCUGCUCUAUUCCCCCCUGCUCUAUUCCCCCCUGCUCUAUCCCCCCCUCCUCUAUUCCCCCCUGCUCUAUUCCCCCUUGCUCUAUUCCCCCCUGCUCUAUUCCCCCCAGCUCUAUCCCCCCCUCCUCUAUUCCCCCCUGCUCUAUUCCCCCCUGCUCUAUUCCUCCCUGCUCGAUUCCCCCCUGCUCUAUUCCCCCCUGCUCUAUUCCCCCCUGCUCUCUCCCCCCUUGCUCUCUCUCUUCACACCUCCUCACUCUGUUCCCCCUUGCUCACUCGGUUUUCCCAUUGCUCAUUCUCUUUCCCCCUGCUCACUCUCUUUCCCCAUUGCUCAUUCUCUUCCCCGCUGCUCAUUCUCUUUCCCCUUGCUCAUUCUGUUUCCCCCUGCUCAUUCUGUUCCCCCCCUGUUCACUCCCUUCCCCCAUGCCCACCCUCUUUCCCCCUGCUCACUCCCUUUCCCCCCUUCUCACUCUCUUCCCCCCUCCUCACUCUCUUUCCCCCCUGCUCAAUGUCUCCCCUGA